AUGAUUACAAUAGAUCCACGUCCAGAAUGCUUCAAAAACUGGCUACAUGAAGCAUCCAUAGUGUUUUUAAUUAUGUUGGCACAACUUUUGAACCAAGCAGGUACCUGUCAAACAUUACCAAUGAUGAAUAUAUUAGAACACUCUUUCAAUAAUGUCACUGCUAAUGAUAAAGUUUGGUUCAUGGCGGCUUGUCCUUUAACUGCAGGUGCAUUUAUUUUAAUCUCUGGUAAAUUUGGUGAUUUAUACGGUCUCAAGAAAACUUUACUAGUGGGGAUAUCAUGGGGUUGUAUAUGGACUUUAUUAGUUGGUAUUUCAAGUUAUUCACAUUCAGUUAUUUUUUUCUGUAUUUGUCGUGCUAUGCAAGGGAUUGGUCUUGCAUUGAUCUUACCAAAUGCUAUAGGUAUUGCAGGUAAUUUAUAUCCAAACGGCCAAAGAAAAGCUAUUGUGUUUUCAUUAAUUGCAGCUGCAGCUCCAACUGGUGCUACUUUAGGUUCAGUUUUUGGUGCUUUGACCUCACAAUUUGGCCAGUGGGAAUGGAAUUUUUAUUCAAACGCUAUAGUUUUGUUCUUAAUGGGCAUUGCAACUUAUUUUGUUAUUCCACAUAUUGAACCACACCAUACAUCAUCUAAAAUGGAUUGGUGGGGUGCAAUCACCGGUGUUUCUGGUCUUAUUAUGUUCAAUUUUGCAUGGAAUCAAGCCCCGGCAGCUGGCUGGGAUAGUCCUUAUAUUAUUGUGCUAUUGAUUGCAGGUUUGAUUUCUUUAGGUGCAUUCUUUUAUGUUGAAAAUAGUGUUGCAGAGUCACCAAUUUUACCAACUGAAGUUAUGAAUUCACACUUAUUGUUGAUUUUGUUAGUCAUUGCAUUCGGAUGGAGUAGUUUCUCUAUUUGGACUUUUUAUUAUUGGGCAUUCUUAAUGAAUUUAAAUCAUUAUACACCAUUAUUAGCUUGUGCCACUUAUGGUAACUUUUUAUUCUGGGGUAUUACAGCUUGUGUCGUUGUUUCAUUAUUGAUCAGAAAAGUUAAUCCUUCAUAUUUACUUCUAGCUGCAAUGGGUGCUUUCUUUGUUGGUAUUGCAAUGUUGGCAACUACACCUGUUCAUCAAACAUACUUCAAUAUGUUAUUUGCACAAAUGAUUGUCUUAAGUUUUGGUAUGGAUAUGUCAUUCCCAGCAGCAUCACUUGUGCUAUCAGAUACUUUGCCUAAAAAGCAUCAAGGUAUGGCAAGUUCAUUAGUCUCCACAAUGAUUAAUUAUUCCAUGUCAGUUGGUCUAGGUAUUGCGGGUACUGCAGAGGCUAAAAUCAAAGAGAGAACUGGAGAUUUGUUACAAAGUUAUAGAGCUGCUAUGUAUGUUGGUAUUGGUUUGGCUUCUGUGGCCAUAUUACUUGGUAUUGUGCUAGUUAUAUCUUCACAUCUAUGGCCUCAUCAUAUUCCAGAGGAUAAAGAAUAUGAAAACUCAUAUAAUUCAGAAUUGAACACAGGUAAAGAUACCAAUGAAAAACAGCUCUCGGAUAAUGCUGUUUAA